GUCUCUCGUCGCCCUUCCGAAAUAUCCAAGCAUGUCGUCAGUCGCAGACGCAGUGCGAUUCUGCUUUCCAACAGCUCCCAUUGGCCCAGAGGCAGCAAUCGACUUCCCCCUCUAUGCUCGAAACGAGUCUCAACUCGCUCAAGGUAAAGUGAGGCACGAAGAAGAAGAACGAGUGGUCAGUCCGGUACAGGCCACUUUUAAAACAAUCUGUGCUAGCUAUGCGCCUGAUUGGAUAAUAGUGUUUGUUCUUUGGGCUGUGCUUGUCAUACUAGAUAGAUCUGGAGGGCACAAAAGAGAGUUUUCACUCAAUGACGUCUCAAUACAACAUUCAUUUGCAGAGCAUGAACGUGUUCCCCCAGUUCUUUUGGUCUUGUUCUCCAUCGUUGUGCCGCUUUUAGUCCUCGUCCCUCUGAGCUCACUGAUUGCUCGCAAUGCCUGGGACACCCACAACAGUGUCCUCGGUCUCUUAAUGUCCUACACAAUGACCGGCGUCGUGACACAAAUCAUCAAAAUGUCCGUCGGUCGACCACGUCCCGAUCUUAUCGCUCGAUGUAUGCCCAUCGAAGGUGCGAUGGACCAUCCUGUGUUUGGCCUAACCAAUGUCAGCAUAUGUACCAAUACCGAUGCUUUCAUUUUGGAUGAUGGGUUCAAGAGCUUCCCUAGUGGUCAUAGUUCUAUGUCUUUCGCUGGCCUCGGCUUCUUGAGUCUUUACCUGGCAGGCAAGAUGCAUCUCUGGGACAACGGUGGACACCGCACGAGGGCUUGGGCGGCUCUCUCACCUCUCCUUGGAGCUACUAUGGUAGCUAUCAGCCGAACAGAGGAUAAUAGACACCAUUGGCAAGAUGUCCUCAUCGGCUCUAUCCUCGGCCUCUUCAUCGCCUGGGUCGCUUACCGCACAUACUACCCUCCUCUCUCACACAACCAAUGUCAUCUCCCCCUCGCACCCCGCACCGAUCCCGAUAAUUAUCAAGAUUUCCCUCUGGACGACGAAGAACAAGGUAGAGGUGGGCCGAGGGAUAGAGUGAGGUUGUUGUCUGAGGAGACGGAUGGGCGGGCGGGUGAGGAACAGGUGGCGUGGCAAGCGACAGGGCGAUGAGUCCAUGCGUCGUACACCAAAGCCGUGGGGAGAUUAAGGAGAAGAUGAAGCCCGUAGACCAGGUUAAUACAUGCAAGAUAUAUAUAUAUGUAACCUGUGUUUCAAACACAGAUUUAUG